UCUUUAGAAGUUUGAUUGCAAUUUAUUUUUAUGGGUUUCGAUUUGCUAUCGAAUUCGUAGUUCAUUUUAGUUAUUGGGUUCGCUGUUAAAUAUAUAUAUACACAUAUUUAAUGGAUUACCUACUACAGAUACAGGAUCUGAGUAGAGGUUAUUUGGUUGCUCCACUCUGCUGCAGUUAGUAUUCAAAGUUUGAUUCUUUACAAUUUUCUUGGAGGAUGUGUUCAACUGAUUAAGCUGCAAGACAGCGCCUCGUUGAUAACUUGAUGGGAUUAUUAUCUGUUUGUCUCAAAGGUGGGGUUGGGAGAUCUAUAGGGAUGAUUUGGUUGGCUCUGUUGCUGUUAUUAGUAUCACAAGGGAAUGGCAAAGGAGGAGUUGAAGCUUCCGAUUACUUAAUCGGGCUUGGAAGCUAUGAUAUAACUGGGCCGGCUGCUGAUGUAAACAUGAUGGGAUAUGCUAACAUGGAACAGAUUGCAUCGGGCCUUCACUUCAGAUUGCGAGCUCGUACGUUCAUUGUGGCUGAACCUCAGGGGAAGCGAGUUGCUUUUGUGAACCUUGAUGCUUGCAUGGCCUCGCAGCUUGUAACCAUCAAAGUUCUUGAGAGAUUGAAGGCUAGGUAUGGGGAUCUUUACACAGAACAAAAUGUUGCUAUUAGUGGGAUUCACACCCAUGCUGGCCCUGGUGGUUAUCUACAAUACGUUACUUAUAUCGUAACAUCUCUUGGUUUUGUCCGUCAAUCAUUUGAUGCUGUAGUUAAUGGGAUCGAGCAAAGUAUCAUACAAGCUCAUGAAAAUCUCCGACCUGGAUCAAUAUUUGUCAAUAAAGGGGAGCUACUGGAUGCUGGCGUGAGUCGUAGCCCUAGUGCUUAUUUGAAUAACCCUGCUGGAGAACGUAGUAAAUAUAAGUACAAUGUUGACAAAGAAAUGACCCUUUUAAAGUUUGUUGAUGAUGAAUGGGGUCCAGUAGGCAGCUUUAAUUGGUUUGCAACUCAUGGAACUUCUAUGAGUCGAACUAACUCUUUGAUUAGUGGGGACAACAAAGGAGCUGCUGCACGGUUUAUGGAAGACUGGUUCGAUCAGAAAAAUACUGAAACACCACACCUUAAUAUAUCUAAAGCGAGAGAACUUCCCCGAAGAGUCUCAAACAUCAUACCAACUGUACGUGGAAAGCAUCAUGAGCUACUAGAACUUGCUGCUUCUUUCCAGUCUUCUCCAGGUAAGCCAGUCACCAGGUUGAUGAGCGUGGCCAGACGUGUCAGAAGUACCUUAAGGUUGGCUGAUAGGCCGAGAUUUGUUUCUGCUUUUUGUCAAACAAACUGUGGUGAUGUCAGUCCCAAUGUGCUCGGUGCGUUCUGCACAGACACAGGGCUUCCUUGUGACUUCAAUCAUAGUACAUGCGGUGGAAAGAACGAGUUAUGUUAUGGUCGAGGACCAGGAUAUCCAGAUGAAUUUGAGAGUACACGCAUCAUUGGAGAGAGACAAUUUAAAAAAGCCGUGGAGCUUUUCGAUAAAGCAACAGAGCAAGUAAAAGGCAAAGUUGACUCUCGUCACACCUAUGUGGACUUCUCCAAACUUGAGGUUACAGUUCCAAAAGAGGGCGGUAGUACUGAAACGGUUAAAACCUGUCCUGCUGCAAUGGGGUUUGCAUUUGCUGCUGGUACAACUGAUGGACCUGGAGCAUUUGAUUUUAAGCAAGGAGAUGACCAGGGAAAUGCUUUUUGGAGGUUGGUGCGAAACUUGCUUAAAACACCAGGCGAAGAACAAAAAAAGUGUCAACUUCCCAAGCCCAUUUUGCUCGAUACUGGUGAAAUGAAGCUGCCUUAUGAUUGGGCGCCUUCAAUACUUCCUCUUCAGAUUAUAAGAAUAGGUCAGCUGGUCAUUCUCAGUGUACCUGGAGAAUUCACUACCAUGGCGGGUAGACGUCUGCGAGAUGCUGUGAAGAUGGUGCUCACGAGUGGGGCUACCAAGGAGUUCGAUAGCAAUACUCAUGUUGUGAUAGCUGGGUUGACUAAUACAUAUUCACAAUAUAUAACCACCUUUGAGGAGUACCAGAUACAGAGAUAUGAGGGUGCCUCUACACUCUAUGGUCCGCAUACGCUUAGCGCUUACAUCCAACAGUUCAAGAAACUAGCAACUGCUCUUAUCACAGGAAAGACCUUGCAAGCGGGCCCUCAGCCCCCCGAUAUGCUCGAAAAGCAGAUAAGCUUGUUGCCACCUGUCAUAAUGGAUGCCACCCCAUUCGGUUCCAAAUUCGGGGACUUAAUCACCGACGUUCCUCAAAGUUCCACGUUCAAGAAGGGUGACCUUGUCUCGGUUUCUUUCCAUUCAGCAUGCCCGAGAAAUGAUCUCAUGACCGAGGGUACAUUUGCACUCGUUGAGAUUCUUCAAGGAAAGGACAAUUGGGUUCCUGCUUAUGAUGAUGACGAUUUUAGUCUUCGGUUUAUAUGGUUGAGACCGGCUAAACUCAGCACUCGAAGUGAGGCGAAGAUCGAGUGGAGAAUACCGGAAUCGGCUGCUUCAGGUGUAUACAGAAUCAGACACUUUGGUGCUGCAAAGGCUCUUUUUGGUUCAGUUAAGCAUUUUGAAGGUUCAUCUAGUGCUUUUGUGGUUGCCUGAAAAGAACCUUGAUGACUUUUGAUACUUCAUCAGUUCAUCCCAAUUAUGUGGUUUUACAUAUUAUACCUAAAGAGAGAAGUGCAAGGCUACCACGCUGCUAGUUGUCUUGUUUAUAAUAUGAAUGUUUAAUUUUAAAAAUAUUUAUUUCUACUGUCUAUUAUUAUUCUUA